ACGCCAGCACAGUUAGCCCCCUUUGCUCCCUCUGUAACGUUUAGCUAUCUGUUCUGUCUUCUGACGGCAGGCUGAACGCUGUACGCGCGGUUGUUUCCAGAAAAACGGAGAAGCAGAAUCCCGAAACAAAGAGAAGACCGAAAACUACCGGGGUCAACUCAGAUAUACUAGUGGGCUAAUUAACCAGUAUUAAUAUCUAGAUGACAACUAAGUUACUGUAGCCAAUGAAACCCGUGGAGCCAACUCACUGAGUGUCAGCCUAUCCCGCUGCACAUCUUAAAGUGACGGCAGCGCGAUACUGGAGCUCUUCUUGAACGGAUCCUGCUUCAUUACGGGAUGUAUCGGUAUCGGGGCAGCAUGAAGGGGACAUUAUCAUCCUGGAAUAGUAGAGGACAUUUCCCCCUUUAAUGCUGCCUGCUGUGAGGUGACACUUUUCCAUGGAGCUGUGCUGGAGCAUUGUUAAAUUGUGAAUAGAUUAAGUUCGUCUGCGUUUGGAACGUGUUGACAGUUAACUGUCAUUUCGUAAUUUUUUGUAUAAUUUUAUAAAUGAGAUUAUGCCCUCCCCAAUUGCUUUAAAAACGUGUUCCAUGGCUGUUUUAUAUAACGUGACUGGUCUGUGAGGAUUUGUGAUUUUGCUUCUAAAGAGUUGCCAUCCUGUUCAUGUGCUGUUCCCAUUAUUCUGUUCAGCAGCUGCAGCUCCACUGCAGCCCAUCUAUGCACGGUGUGUGUAUCAGUGUGGGUUAUUCUCAGUGCUGCUAUGCAGACUGACUGGAGCCACACUCAGACGGCUUGACUGUAACCCUCAUUCUGGACAACUCACACAGAAAAAAACCUUUACGCGGAGGAAAAGCAAUCUGCAAGUCUAGAUCCAAUGGGACGACUCGUGCAGAACAGCAGAUGUUACACAGCUUUUUGUUCUAAUGUGGAUUAUUCAGGAUGCUGCUAUGCAGACAGAGUGGAGCCACAGAAAACCUGCUUGUAAAGUUAAAGUAACACACACACACAACUGUGCAGCUUCUGUCAGUGCAGUAGAACAGCUUGUGUUACACAGUUGGCAGCUUUUAGUUGCAAAGGUUUUGCAGGAAGAUAGGGUUUAGAUUAUUAUUACUAAACACAGCUUAUGUAUGGGUACAUCCUAAAUUGGAAAGUUUCACAUAGACUGGGAUCAGAAGUUGUGUCAGUGUCUCCUUUGAAUUUCGUCCAGCAUGUGGAAAUUAAAAAAAAGGUGACUCAUUUUGUGGAAUGCAUUUUGUUGGACACUUAAGGUGAAGGCUUUCAAUUUGAGUUCAGUUAAUUUAGUCGUUCUUCAUUUAGCAAAGUUGAUGUAUGUAUGUAAUGUAGUUUAAAUUAAAUGUAUUGUUAAAAAUUGUUUCCCUUUAGCUUGCUGAGUUAGAUUGUUGCAAAAUGAAGAACCCUCAUCCACUGAGUAAUACCUGGAAUAGAUCCAUUAACAAAGACCCAGUGCUGAUCACUGUGCCAGGCACUAAGAAGUUCAAAAGGAAGUCUCGAGAGCCUAAAAGGCUUUUCAGCAACCCUGAGCCGGAGAGGAUGAAAACCUACGCAGUGGACAUGUCUGAUUUGGACUCGAUAGAUGACAGCCAGACAGAGGGAUGUAAUGUCAGUAGGUUGGCUCCACUACAGAGACAGCUAAUGAUGUCACAGAAGGCAAUGGCCAGUACUACAGGAAUUCUGUCCGGACUACCAGAAGGCAACAUGGCGCCAGCUCAGAGUGGUGCCAUAGACAUGAGAAUUGGCAUUAACGUGCCUGCCAUCACUUCCAAACUGUCCCAGUUACCUGCCUCUCCUUUCUCUAGCUCGGAGAUCUCCCACUGGCCCACUGCCAUCUCCCAGCCUCUGUCCAACAGACUCAAACUGGGCCUAUGCUCCACUUUCCCUAUGUCAUCAUCAACGAGUAGCAGCCACAGCCUCUCACCCAGGCACCAGGUCUUUUCCCUGGAGCCCUCUCUGUCAGGCCAAACUGCAGCUCUGCCUGUCACCGGAACUCCCCAGUGUCAUGAACACAUGGAGGCCCAGGUCCAGUCACCUAAGGUGAAUGAAUCACCCAGGAAGCGGGUUGGAAUGAGUGAUGAGGGACCUGGGCGUCUUCCUGAGGUCAAAGCCAUCCAGCAGACCAGGAGGCUACUAGCCAACGCCCGAGAGAGGACCCGUGUCCACACCAUCAGUGCUGCAUUUGAGGCCCUGAGGAAGCAGGUGCCAUGUUAUUCCUAUGGGCAGAAGCUUUCCAAGCUGGCAAUAUUACGUAUAGCCUGCAACUACAUCCUGUCUCUGGCUCAAUUGGCUGAGCUGGACUACAGUACAGACCACAACAAUCUGAGCUUCUCUCAGUGUGUAGAACAGUGUACCAGAACCCUGCAGGCAGAGGGCAGAAGCAAAAAGAGGAAGGAGUGAAGCUGGAAGCAGUUUAUGGGUCCAACACACAAACAUCUGACAAAAUUGUGGAUGUAGGAUACUUGGGAUGACAAAUGACGACAAGAUGAAGUUGAUAAAGUGGACAGAAUAAUUUACACAUCUUUGUUAUGGAUUGCUCUUACCACACAUUGGCAGAUGAACUUAACAUAACAUAAAUACUUAUCUGAGAUGGAAUUCUGAAACGUAUGUAUAUCAAGGCCAAUGAAUAGUUGACUAAAAGACAGAUUCAAAAUGGUGUACAUUACAUUACACAUUACAUUACUAUGCUCCAUUUUACUCCACUGUUGCCUUGUCACAGUUUUUCACUAUGUAAUUACUGGAAACAGUACUCACUUUUGAGUUGGCAAAAUCAUCAGCAUGAAUCCUGUCUGGUUGCAGAUGUGCCAUUUUAAUAUAGGAGGAUACAACAUUUUGAAGUCCAACUACAGAUAUUCAAGACAGUCGAGAAAAAUAUUAAAUGGGCACUACAGUGAUUUAUUUUUUAUUUCACCCCUAUAAAGUUUGGGGAUUUGUAAGAGAAUUUUUAAAAGAAAUGCUAAUAUCCGUGCAGCAGAGAGUGACAUAACCUGCCUUUUAGUCCAGAGUGUGAGUCAAACUUCAGAAACACUGGGUUUUUCAUAAUACAACCUGAUCUUUUAUGUUGCUGCCUGAUAAUUGCCCUGUUUCCAAAAAAUUUCCACAUUGUGUAAAAUGUAAAUAACAACACAAAUACAAACAUUUAAACUCUAUAUUUAAUUGAAAAUAGCACACGGACAACUUCUCAAAUGUUGAAACUGAAAAAUCUGAUGUUUUUGUUUUUGGAUUUGAUAUACCUAUUUUGAUUUUGAUGUUGUUGGACAGUGGGACUGGACUGGAAAAGUUGUGAAAUGCUGAAAAAAAGAGAACUGUAAAGAAAAUCUCACAAUGAAUGACUGGCAACAGGUUGGUAUCAUGAUUGACUUGAUGAGCAGCUGAAAUCCUACAUCAAGAAACAAUAUGAAAACAUUCCACUUUGAAGAUGACAGCAAAGUCUGAUGAACAGAAUGGUAAACAUGACCCUUUCCAACUAUUUAAAUGUAUUGCUGUCAUCAAAGUCAAAUAGGGCAUAUCAUCCAAGUAGUAAAUCUUUAUCAGUAAAGUUGUGGCGUCAUGUAUAAUGUAGGUAUUUGGUGAUUUGCAUCAUGUAUGUAUGUGUGGCAAUAUGGUUUUUCAAAGUUAUAGAAAAACAUGAUCACACAGGACAAAAUGAUGAUUCUAACUCAGUAAGGAUUGGAUUUACUAUCAUUUUUGCAUAAAUCAAAGACAUUUGACAUUAUAUAAACACAUGCAUGCAUACAAUGUCAUCACAAGGGAUUAAAGGUACAAGAGAUUAAAACUCAUUCAUUUGUAA